AAACACAGACCUGUUCAGAGUGGGUGGGGUGUAUUGAUGGGUGUUUGAGCAGACAAGGUGAAGUUUCCUGUUGUAACUCGUGCUCAGGCGAAGAACAGACUUGAAUGGAAUCUCUCUGGAUAGACCUUACUCCAAGAGAUUAGCUUCCCCGUGGAAAGUGUAAGCUGGCAAAACCACGAUGGAGACGAAUAGCGACGCCACAAAAAUCCUGGAAAAGGGUCCGGAAUACCUUCGGAAGCAAAUGGAACGUGACAACAAAGGCCACAUGAGCGCUGUGGAGAGGCUCGCCGCAAGUAAGCCCAAAUACGUCAAGAGCCAACAAGUGGUCAACUCGUGCCAGGAGCCAGUGAUCGGCCUUAGCCUUUUUUCUGGGAGCAGCACUGAAUCUUCAAACCUGCCGUUAAACCAUGGCGGGAAUCUUGUUACAAGGAGUAGCCCAGCCGGUGUUGCACAAGACUCCUCACCGGGAAAGGAGCGUCAGUCCAGCUCCAAAAAGAGACCAGAUUCACUUCUGAUCUACAGGCAGAAAUGUGAAUCAUUAAGAGGGCCUGCGAAUAAUCACAAACAUCCGAUGUCUCGUAAGCUCCUGCUUGGUUCUGUGAAUAGAAAUGUCCCAUUACUUGGGAAUGCUGGCAAGGAAUGUGGAUCUGAAGGCAACAAGGAAAAACGAGCAGCGGAGAACUGCAGCUCUGUCUCUCAGUCAGAGAAGAGGUCAAACAGAGCUGUGGAGGAAACCAGCACUGACUCUGGCACGAAGAAAGCUGCUGGUGGUCUUCUGGAAGUUCCUCAAAUUGAAAGGAGGUCGGGGAAGGGGGUCAGCCGUUCCCACUCUGACAUUAGUUCCAGGUAUUCCAGAAACUUUGCAGACUUUGACGUCUUUUUUAAAUACUGUGGUCUGGACGGGGACAUCAUCGACUCCUUGGGAAGAGAGAACUUCUCCACGUGCUCGGAGGAAAUCUCGAUGACCAUCGUUCGGAGUGUCAGUGUGUCCACGUCAGACGACGGCUUCUCCAGGGACAGUGGUGACAGUGACGGGCUCCUGGGGAAGGAGUUGGUGAAAAAAGAGAAACAGGGCACAUCCAUCAUUGAGCGCAACGCACGCAUCAUCAAAUGGCUCUACAGCUGCAAAAAUGCAGCAGAGACCGGGAAGAAGCUGCGGGAUCUCAGCUGAUGUCUCCAUAAGACUUGUUACUUGAAUUAACAAUGUUACAAUGUUCCAAUGUUGGUUGUGGAAAACUGGAGUAUUUUCUAGAUUUUUAUAUCUAUGUUACUUUAAAAUUGUUUAGAAUAAACCCUAAUGUUAACCCAAAUAGUUAUAAAGCAUGAUAUUUUUCAUAUUUGAUUAGUGUUGUCACUCUGCGAAUGCACAAAGAUUUCUGACAAGUCGGGUCAUGAUGUGAAAGAAAAACAUCAGAUUUUGUCAGUUAAAUAUUUCCUGCUGUACGGAUCCGAGGCGGAGUCAUUCCCACCCGGAUAAUAGGCUUGCAAUCAAAUCCAGCCAGAUUUUCUUGGACGUUUGUGGGUCACGGGACAAACCUCACACCUGUUUGUUUUCUGUGAUCCAAUUUGUUGUUGUCCUGACAAUAGUGCAUUUUUUCCCCGUCAAAAUGUGAAAAUUUCACAAUAAAAGCACCAAUAUUCAGACAAAGAAGUGACCACACAAAGAUAAGAAGCUUAGAGCUAAUAGUUUAAGGAUGACUUUAAAUUAUGCUAAAAUUGUUUCUCUCAAGACGUCUUAAAUCUAAGUUUAUGCAGCAAAUUUUUCAUAAACUUUUUGGCCUUUUCCAGGUGAAAGGUACACCUUAUAUCACGCAUAAGCAGGUUUAUACAAAUAAGUAUAAACACCCUUGUGUAAAAGAGAUUAUCUCACCAUGCCUUUCAUCGUUAGGAAAGGCAACAUACAAAGAAAAGCUGUUAUUUUCCACCCACCCUUUAAGAUGUAUGUGAGAGGAAUGUGCCAAGUAAUCUGAUGGGCUUAUGUCCAGUGACCCGUUGAAACAGUAUCUCCAUUUCCCUCCCAGUUUACGCCUUCUUUGUCUCCUGACCACUUUCUCCAUCUUUCUGCCAAGUUUCUUUGUUGCUUCUUUGAAGCUCAGAAGCUGAAGAGAAAAUCUUCAGAGGGUACUUGAGGUCAAGACUGCUAGAGAUGGACAGUAUUUAAGCAAAAAUGUGACUGCUAAACAAAUGUUUUUGACUAUUCAUAGAUAAAUAAGUUUGGUAUGUUUUUUUCUCAAGUGAGUUUUUCUAUAAAUUUGAUGAAAGAUGGAUAUUCUUGUUUAAAAACAGUCUUUUAUAAAGGGUGGGAAUGCUAUUUUAAAAAGUAGAAGCUAAUUUUAAUGUAUAAAAAAAAGUGUAAUAUAACAUGAACUGAAUUUAGCUAAUUGAGCCUUUGGAGGGCAGUAUUUUACCACAAGACUGUUUCAGAGCGUCCAAGCACCCAUAAGAAAAAAAUGUUAGAACGCAAUUCAAAAAGGCAAAGAAUGACAAUUUAAAAAAGUAGUCAUAAAUAACUAAAAAAAAAAAUAAAUAAAUGAUUUUUUUUUUCAGAAGAUGCCAACUAAACAACAAAUCUUGUAUUCAUUUUGCGGUUAGACAUUUUUCAAUUAUGUAAACUAAUAUUUUUUCAGCCAUGAUGUAACAGCUGGAGACAGGUGAAUACCCAGACAACAAAAAUAUGCGUAAAAACUAUAUUUGUAAUUAUAAGGAAGUAUGACAGACAGGACAGGCAAGUUAGACCAGACAUUUCAGACGAGGAAACUGUCUAGAAAACUACAUGUAAAGGAAGUAAAAUACCAACAUGAUGAACGAAUACCAAAGUGACUUAAUUGUUUAUCAAAAAACUGUUUAUGAUUCCCAAUUAUUUUUUGUUAAAUCUAAGUUGCCUAUAAAAAUAGUCACAAUUUAAAGCCAAUAUCAAGAUAAUUAAUGAAAUUAUAAAAUGAUAGAAUAUAAUAAAAAGUGUAUAAAAUGUUGAAUGAACGUGUGUUUUUAAUAUUUUUAUUUCAGUUCCUUUAACUUAAAUGCAAUCUGUAGUUUUUUUCAACAUUCUGAAAAUGUCAUGCACUUUAAAGAAGCUUUUAGGCAAACAAAAUCUUUCAAGCCAAAUCUGUGAUUGCUUGUUUUUUUUUUUUUUUUUGUUUGUUUUUUUUUUUGUCCUGUAAUGCAAACCAGAUGAUAAAAUGCUGGUGGAAAAUUAAGCAUUUGCUCUCUGUGCAAACAAAAAAAAAGAUCAGGUUUAGAUUAAACGCCAUGCAGUCAAAUAAAACCAGUUUAUCCUUGAAAUUGGGUGAUCAACAAUGAACAAAAGGCUUGUUUUGUAUUGAAAUGUAUUUUAAAAAGAACCACUUUAUCCAAUGUAAUUGAAUUUGUAUUCAUUCUAAUAAUAGUGCCAAAAUGUCUCUUCUUCGUGCGGUUGUUUCUCACCAAAAGAACAUGAGGAACAUAAUGUGCUUUUUUUUUUUCCAAUUAUGACAUUUGUAUUAAAACCAUGUGUUCACGUAAAUAAUCUUAAGUGUUUUAUUGAUUAAAUUUCAAUAAUCUAAAAAUAUAUCUUCAUCCACAAAUCUCUUCUGCAGUUCCCCCCAUC